AUGAUGCAAGCCCUUCGCCUUAUCGCCGCAAUUUACGCUGUUGUCGCCGGCGUUUCCGCCGCCGCCGUUAGUAUCCGGCGCGGCGCACCAGAGAACGCCGCCGCCGUCGUCUCCGAGCGGCGCCAACUCGAUAACGGCCCCCGAGCCCCGGAGGUCGUGUGGACGGCCGAGAACUACAUCUGGGGCUGCUCGCCCGGCGGCUGCAGCUCCCGCUUCAACAUCAGCGCCCCCGACGACUACAUACCCGGCGCCCCCGGCUUCAACGUCGUCUGCAGCCCCAUCUACAUCCAGCAGGGCUGGGUCCCCUGCCGCAACCCCGACAACAGUCCGCCGCCGUCCAACGGCUCCCAGGUCUUCUCCAUCUGGACCGCCGGCGCGGACCGUGAGCGCCAGUAUCUCGGCGUGUCGCACGUCUACAAGCGUCUCGAGGACGGCCGCACCUGGAACGCCACUGCCGGAACAGAUUUCCUUCCUGUUCAAAACAUGAGCAUUGCAUUUCCAGUCACCACACACGCCAUUGUCUGA